AUGGAAAAGAAACAAUCAAUUGGUUUGUUUGAUCGUUUUCUUGAUGUCGAUAAACAUGUGCAUCAUUUAAGCAAGAAACGUGAACUUGGUUGUAAUUGUUUUUCCGGUUGGUCUUGUCAUAACACUCUUUAUUACAAUGCUGCUUGUGGCUGUAUGAUUUGUGGUAGUGGCCCUGUUACGGUUUCACAGGGUGCUACCACUGCUUCUCGUUGUGAUAAAAAUUUGUAUUAA